CCGUGUGUGGUGGUGGUGGUGAAACGAGAACCGAAGGCUUCUCACUUGUGUGUGAGGUAGGAGCUAGGAAGGGCGUGUUCUUUUCUCUACGAGAUAGCAGGGCUUUCAAGUUUUGCACUCCUGCUUAAAAGAAGAUGACUCCAUCAGUUCUUGCAGCAAGGGUAGAAACUUGGCUUUCAUCUACAUGGCAUGUGAAGGUUUCAGCACAGUGGCUAGAAGCUUGUAUUGAUUGGAUUCAACAAGAAAAUGGUGGGAGCACUUUGGCUCAGGCUUCAAUUAAUAAACAAGUAUUUGAGCAAUGGCUUCUUACUGAUCUCAGAGAUCUUGAAUACCCUGUUCUGCCUGACUGUAUUUUAAAUGAUCCAAAAGGAGAAUUGAAUGGCUUUUAUUCCAUACAAAUAGAUUCACUUGUUGAUGUGAGUCAACCUGCCUAUUCCCAGCUGCAGAGGAUAAGAGGGAAAAAUAGUGUCAAUGAGGAAAUCACUGCCAGUACUCAGGGAACCUUGAGGUCUUGGGAGACAAAACCUACUCGAAUGUUAAUGCUACAACUAACUGACGGCAUACAUCACAUUCAAGGUAUGGAAUACCAUCCUAUUCCUGCCCUCUACAGCACUCUUCCUCCAGGUACAAAAGUUAUGAUACAAGGGAAAGUUGGAUAUCGCUUAGGUGUUCUUUUGCUUAAACCAGAAAAUGUGAGAUUGUUGGGAGGUGAAGUAGAGAGCCUUGUAGAAGAAUUUGCUGCAGAAAGAGUUCUUGCUAGACUAAUUGGAGAUGAAGAAAAUGGUCCUAACACUAUCAGGACAAAUAUUGGAGAAUCUGCAAUUUCACAACCGCUUGAUGAACUUGGUCAAGUUCUGGGCCCCUCUGAUGAAGAGCUUCUGGCAGGUCUUGGGGAAAAUGAUGAAUUUUCAAUCAAUGAAGUCCCUCUUGAAAGUGGCUAUUAUAGCAGAAGUACCAGUUCAAAUUCUGCCAGGCAUUCUUCUCUCAGCAAUGGAAGCAGCUUGCAACAAGGUCCUGCAGUAUUCAUUUCAGGAAAUGAAGAACAAAAUGUUCCCAUUUUGGAAAAUACGGAAGGGCAUUUUGAUGAAUUUCCAUUAGAUGAUGAUUUAUUUUUAGAAGAGGAGGUGCAGGAAGAACAGAUACAGGUUCUGAACAGAAGUCCUAUCAUAAACUGUCAGCCUACCAGAGAAAAGAAAUUUGAGGAAAGAAAAUUAUACAGUGACACUAAAGAAAACACAGGAGAUUUUUCUACAAAUCAUGAAGUGGUGCACAUCCAGAACUUGGAUGGCUGUUUAAGCUAUAAGCUUGUACAAAAGAAUGAUAGUAAAAGCAAUGAAAUGUUUUCCUGUAUCUCUAGCAAUAGAUUAGCAGACUUUCAUACAAAAAUUGAACAAUAUUCUAACCAUGUACAAAGUUGCAGAAUAAAGAAUAAAUUCCAUGAAGUCUGUUUAGAUACUCCUCCUUUCACAUAUUUAUCAGUCUUAUUAAGCAGCAAGCCCAAAUGUAUUACAACCGUGAAAAUUAAAGCAUUUAUAGUAACUCUUACAGGAAAUUUAACAAGCAGUGGUGGCGUCUGGAGUAUAGCAGCAAAAGUAUCUGAUGGCACAGGUUAUCUGGAAGUUAAUUUUGCUGAUGAAAUUCUAACAAGCUUGAUUGGGUUUUCAGUACCUGAAAUGAAACAGCUAAAGAAAGUUCCUGUCUUGUUCCCAAAGCUUAAUGAGGGUUUACAGAACUGUCAAAGAGAGCUAAUAGACCUCUGUUGUUUGAUGACCAUUGAAUUUAAUCCAUCCCAGACAAAAGCAACAGUAGUAAUUUUGCAAGAUGUUAAUACGCAUGAUUUGGAUAAUUUAAAAAGACGGUCACACAUGUGACAUUUAAGUGACAGUUUUGAUUUUAAUCCCAGAAAAGUGUCAUUUUGAUGCUGUUUUGAUAAUGUUUGGAUUAAGAAAGGUCACGAUGUGAGAAAUAUUUUGAUACUUGAACAUAUUUUCUUUACGUUUUCCUAGUUCAAGAUACAUGUAUAUCUUAACAAAGGUUUGCAUUAUGCAUUUUUAAUACUUAAAUAUCAGGAAAGCAAGGUUUUGAAAAAAGGCAGACAUUAAAUAGUAAGGAUCUGAUUCCUGAGACAUUUUAUAUUUAGAGAGUAGUGAAAAUAAGGUGGUGCAAAAAAGCUGGCGUGAAUUCUGUUUGUGUUGUUUUCACUCGUAGCAUUCAAAACUUGUGCCUUUAGAAAAUCUUAAAGUAAAUUUAACUGUUUAUAAGAGGUAGACUUUUUUUUUGCUCAGAAAUUUAAAAGUUAAAUAGAUUUACUUGUUCAUGUAUGUAUUAUUGUUUAUGUAUUUGUAAACUGUUUUUAUAAAUAAAAAUCUUCCA